CGUGUAAAGCCCAUUUACGCACAGUCGUGCAAAGCAGCGCCACUGUGUGCAGUUCGUGCUUUUUAUGUAGACGCUGCAUAUAACGUAGGUAGCAUUAACUGGGGAAAUCAGUGGUUUAAAAAAAAUCACUGCAUUUGUUCUAAGGGAAGCGUGCGCUAGACAGAUUCUCUCCAAACAACGGAUUUCCUGUUCUCAUUCUCAACUGCUAGAAAGACCGUUCAAACAAGAAAAGAGCUACGAUUUUGGAUAUUGCUGGGAACGAAGCUGUAAUACCUGGUAUAAUUGAUUUCGUUAACGUCGUUAGCUCGUCUUAUCUCACAUCAACGGGAAACGAUAGGCUUUGCGAAAGGGUGCUACACUGGUUCUUUUUGUUUGUUUUUAAAGUCGUUUUUCAAACCCCCUUUUCCACAUUGGGAUGAUCUAGUCCAACGUUAUCUAUUACGCGUUCUUCAGAACAAUCAAGUACUGUAGCUAGCUGGGCAGCUAGCUAAGCGAUAAAACAAUCAUAUCUACCGUUAGCUAGUUAUAGCUUGCUAGCUAUGCACGCAGCUAACGACGAGCUAGCACACAUAGCUAGUUAGCUAUACAGUAUGUAUCCACUUUAGUCUUCAUGAAGAAAGGAUUGAAGCUGUUCCUCUCUUGCCUUACCCUGACUGAUAAAGAUUGAAUAAACACAAACGGGGCGAAAUCUUGACUCCCAACACUCGGGCGGCUGAAAAUCAACGAAACAAAGAAGAAAAAUCGUUUUAGAAACUAACUAAACGGCACUUGUUCUUGUCUGGAAAGAAAUACUUUAAAUGAGAAAUUGACAUGAUGUUUCCACAAUCCAGACACUCAGCUUCGUCCCAGCAGCUGAAAUUCACCACCUCCGACUCCUGCGAUCGGAUCAAGGACGAGUUCCAGUUCCUUCAGGCACAGUAUCACAGUUUGAAGCUGGAGUGCGACAAGCUGGCCAGCGAGAAGUCGGAGAUGCAGCGUCACUACAUCAUGUACUAUGAGAUGUCCUAUGGGCUGAACAUUGAAAUGCACAAACAGGCCGAGAUCGUCAAGAGAUUAAACGGAAUCUGCGCUCAGGUGCUCCCUUACCUGUCACAGGAGCAUCAGCAGCAGGUUUUGGGGGCCAUUGAGCGGGCCAAGCAGGUCACCCCGCCAGAGAUGAAUUCCAUCAUCCGGCAGCAGCUCCAGGCUCACCAGCUGUCCCAGCCCAGGGGCGGCCCGCCAUGA